CAAAUGUGCAAUACCAAGAUGUCCUCCCUUACGGACGCCUCUCCUGUCACCGCUUCGGAGCAAGAGGCGCUGGUUAAACCAAAGCCACUGUUGCUGAAGUUGUUAAAGUUAGCUGGUGCAGAAAAGGACACUUUUACUAUGAAGGAGGUAAUAUUCUAUCUUGGACAAUAUAUUAUGUCUAAACAAUUGUAUGAUGAAAAACAGCAACAUAUUGUACACUGUGCAAAUGAUCUCCUGGGGGAUUUAUUUGGAGUAGCAAGCUUUUCAGUAAAAGAACACAGGAGACUAUAUUCAAUGAUUUCCAGAAAUCUGAUAGCAAUCAAUCAACAAGACUCCGGGGUUGCUGACACACCUGAGGAGGAUGCCAGAUUUCAGCUUGAAGAAGAAAAUGUUCUUAAGGAAUCUAUGCAAGAGUUAGAAGAGAAGCAGGCUUCAUCAAAUGUGACUUCCCGACCAACUGCAUCCUCUAGGAGGAGAACACACAGUGAAUCUGAAGAAAAUUCUUCAGAUGAUCUGCAUAGCGACAGAAGAAAACGACACAAGUCUGACAGCAUUUCGUUGACGUUUGAUGAAAGUCUCUCAUGGUGUGUAGUCAGUGGUCUGUGCCGUGAAAGAAGCAAUAGCAGCGAUUCGACAGAUUCUCUUUCCAUUCCUGAUCUCGAUGCCAGUUCAUUAAGCGAAAACUCAGAUUGGUUUGACCACAGUUCUGUUUCAGACCAGUUCAGUGUAGAGUUUGAAGUUGAGUCUAUUUAUUCAGAAGAUUAUAGCCAUAAUGAAGAAGGGCAGGAGCUCACAGAUGAAGAUGAUGAGGUGUAUCAGCUGACUAUUUACCAGGAUGAAGACAGUGAUGCUGAUUCAUUUGAUGAAGAUCCAGAGAUUUCUCUAGCUGAUUAUUGGAAGUGUCCUGAAUGUAGCGAAAUGAAUCCUCCGCUUCCGCGGCACUGCCACCGAUGCUGGGCCCUUCGUGAGGACUGGCUUCCGGAUGAAAAGAGUGAUAAACUGGUAAAGAGCAAGCUAGAAAGUUCCUUCCCCCUAGAGUCUGAAGAAGGUUUUGAUGUUCCUGACUGCAAGAAAGUGAAAAUGACUGAAGAUAAAGAACCAGCUGUAGAGGAGAAUGAGGACAAAGCAGUACAAAUUUCCGAGUCCCAGGAAAGUGAAGACUAUUCUCAGCCCUCGACGUCGAGCAGCGUGUUUUGCAGCAGUCAGGAGGACUAUAAGGAACUGGAGAAGAGAGAAAUGCAAGACAAAGAGGAAAGCGUGGAAUCCGGCCUGCCCGUUACCAGCAUAGAGCCCUGCGUCAUCUGUCAGAGCAGACCUAAAAAUGGCUGCAUAGUGCAUGGCAAGACAGGACACCUCAUGUCGUGUUUCACCUGCGCCAGAAAACUUAAGAAGAGGAACAAACCCUGCCCGGUGUGCAGACAGCCCAUACAAAUGAUUGUGCUAACUUACUUUAGUUAGGUGGAUGCUGACUGGAAAGCUGCAAAAGGAGCUUCAUAUAUGAACUGGUUACGAGAGUAAGAACCUAUUUUUGUACGUGUAUU